GUAGUGACGUCACGAGAAAUGUGACAGUGGUGUGGUAGAUUCACGACUGUCCUAGAGCGUCGCUUUCGUCCAAUAAUUCUCUCCUUUUCUCACGAUUUCGUCCAUUUCUCAAGACUUUCCCAUCCAGAGGAGUGGCAGAACGUCUUACCAGAUUUCCAGACAUCAACAUGUCGUUGGAAGAUCCGUUUUUCGUCGUGAAAGAUGAGGUACAGAAGGCGGUGCAGAAUGCCACAGGACUGUAUCAGCGCUGGUGUGAGCUCCUGGAGGAUCCUGUCUCCGUCAGUAAGGAGGAGUAUGAUUGGACGAGCAAUGAGCUGCGGAAUAGCCUGCGGAGUAUCGAGUGGGACUUGGAGGAUCUGGAUGAGACAAUAAGUAUUGUUGAAUCCAACCCAAGGAAGUUCAAGAUUGACCAGCAGGAACUUGGUGACAGACGAGCCUUUAUCUCAAGGACACGACAAAGUGUCAAGGAAAUGAAGGAUCACAUGGCAAGUCCAAGUGCCAAAGCCAGAAUAGAGGGCAGAAAUAGACAGCACCUCUUCAACGGUCCCAGUAAACGGCAGGACCGCUACACAAAACUGGACUCAGAGAUGGAAAACACCAACCAGAAAUUUAUAUCUGAUACAAGACAACAACAACAGUUGAUAGUGGAGGCCCAGGAUGACCAGUUGGACAUGGUAUCAGGCAGUGUAGGUGUACUGAAGAACAUGUCCCAUCAGAUAGGCAAUGAGCUGGAUGAACAGGCUGUAAUGUUAGAUGACUUGGGACACGAGAUCGACUCUACUCAGUCCAGACUGGACGGUGUUCUCAAAAAAAUUGCAAAAGUCUCACACAUGUCCAAUGACAAGCGUCAGUGGACAGCAAUUAUUGUGCUGCUGGUCAUCAUGUUCAUUCUCAUCAUUCUGUUCCUGACCUUAUAGUAGGGAGAAUUUCCACUACGAUCAUCCAGUGGUUUUUGUUUUCAUUUUUUUUAGAAGAAGAAUUGUUGCACCAAAUUUGUGCUAAAGAUAAAGGCAGUUGAGAAAAGAUCACUAACAUAUGCAACAUUUCUAUGGAUCAUCUAUACGUGUAAUUUGUAACUUAGGCAGGGUUUUAGGAAAUUUUCACAGAAAAAUGACUAAGGUACAUGCCCACAGGGAGACAUGCAUAGAUGCUGAUAUCAAAAGGAUUUUGCAAUUUCAGAAGUCAAAUGGUAUCUCAGUUGGAGCUUAUUCUGUAAAACUUUGUCUUAUUUUGUCCAUAUUGCCUACAUAUCAGCCUAAAAAAAUUCUCAUUGGUCUAUGCUAUGGUACAGAUGGGAUGUAGAGCUGCAUGUACCAUUAGUGGGACUUGAACCAGUGAUCUUUGUCUACUAAAUCUCUCUGCCUCAUAUGAACCAAGCUGAUUUUAUCACAUUGUAUUUUGUUGUUUUAAUCAUAAUUGAGUGAAGAUUUUUGUUGUUGUCAGUCUGAUUCGUUAGUCAUUAAACCAAGUGAAAUUAUCAAAGCUAGGAAGACUAUGAUUUUGAAUUUGUAAAAAAACACAGUUAAACUGUUACUUCCAACUGUACAGUUUUAACAGUCAAAGUACUUGUUCAGUUUUCUUUUCUUUAUAACCUUUUGGAGUAAACUGUUUUUUGCUGUAUUUUCUGAACAUCAAGAAGAUGUGGUAAUCACAGUGACUUGAAAAUUCUCAAAAUGCUCUGUGGUAUAAAGUAAAGGAGAUAAUUCUUGUAAAUAUCUCGCUAGUAUUAUACAUGCAUUUACAGUUUAGCACUUUUGGGCAGUUGCAUUUUAAAAGAAUGGGAGGUUGAUUUUAAUGAGUGUGUCCAGAAUUAAUGUUAGUCAAUAAAUUGAAUACAAUCUUCCACCCCUAUUUUUAAGUGUAACAGCCCACAGCAAUUUCUGUGAAAUUUUCAGCUUUCCGUACUAUUAUUGUACUAAUCCAGUGUUAUACAGUGCAUUCCAUUGUGUAGUCAUACACUGCCCAGUAUCUAUAUAUGUUAAAAAGCAAGCAAUAUACAUGUAUCUUAGAACUGUACUUCAAUUGGGCCAGAGUAAGUUUAUCAUUAGUCAAAGAUCACAAUGUCCUCAUUGCUAGUCCAUUAUUUUCUAUGUCACUCAGUAAAAUAUCUUGUGUGUAUAACUAGUCAGAACAGUGUACUAGUAUCCUCUGCUAUUCUCUGCUUCAUGCUGCAAAACUAUUUUGUCAUUCAUUUGGAGAAACAUGAAAUGUCACACUGACCUGUAUGAUCACAAAAUGAAUAGGCAGCUUUUGUGUACAUAUGGCAAGCUAGUAGGUAUGAUUUCCUUGAUUUCUGCUUUGUUUGCAGUAUAGUAAUAAUUGCAAAAAUGAAAAAAAAAAACACCAACCACAGGCCUGUGAUAUGCUUAUAGUAGUGUUCUUGUAGGAAAGAUGUCAUUGAAAUUUCAUUGGUAUGACUAUGUUUCCCUUUCAUGCUCUGUGCAAUGUAUAUUAAAGUUGGUCAAAGUGCUCUAAUUCCUCAAAAACUUGCCUAUGAUAUCAUAUACCAGUAUUGUAUUGAUGUACUGUACAUAGCUUCUAUGGCAGUGUGCUUCAUGUUGUGUACCCAUGUGUCCACUCUCUUAAUACAUUAAGGUAUUUUAUCAUC